UGGUACAAUGCUUAAUGUAGCUUUGUCCCUGCGUCCAAAAUCGUACGCAACCAAUCAAAUGUACCUAUUGCAAAACGUAAGCGUUACGUCACCCAAACGUCACUUUAGUCACAUGAUAAAAUGGCGUCUCUUGAGGAUAAGUGUUUGGCUUGUGGAGAAGCUGCUGUAAAGCGAGCCAGAGUCAAGGCAUCAACUGUUUCUGAGUUCCUGAAAAAGUAUCUUCGUGAUAGAUGUACUGCCAAUAAUCUGAACGUCGACCUUGAUGCCAUUAUUGCUGUCUCUUUUGUGUGUAGAAGUUGUUCUAAAGUUUACUUGUCCCACCAGGCAAAGGAUUUACGUUUAUAUGAAGCUACAUCAGCUACUGUGUCUCUACUGGCUUCUUAUAACUCAUCUCAGGCACAUAACUUACCUAGUGAAUCUGCAACUCCAAUUUCUACAGUCACUCAUUCAGAAUGUUCUUUACCACCUUCUCCAAAAAGGAGAUGCAUCGCUUCUCCACCAGAUUCUCCUCCUAUAGUUGUGACAGUUGGCCACAGCAGUGGUGAAAGGUCUUAUCUAUUGAAUACCCCAAGAAGGAAAGCAUUUAUUCGUACAAUCUCUCGUACGAAAAAUUCCGCCAAGAGUAUCGCUCGAUCAGCAUUAUCUGAUACUGAAGUUAUGAAGUACUUGUCUGUGGGCACUGGAAAACAGCUUAAAUAUGAAUUGAAGAAGCUUGCUACAAUGAAUGUCAAUUCUAUACAGAAGUCUUCAAAUAAGAGUGAUAUCGUACAUUUUCCGUGGAUUACAAUUUAUUCAGAAAUAAAGGAACACUGUCCUAUUCUACUAAGUUUGUUAAACACAAGUACACAAACAAAAACACCAAGGCCAAAUCGAUUGCAGUUUUUGUGUAUGAUAGUUUGUCUGCUAUCUAAUUAUCAUAAUAAAUCAAUGUCUCUAUUUCAGAAACUUAUAUCUUCUAUUCUAUUUGCUGGACAUUCAUCAACAAUGAUAUACACACGUCUUAAUCAACUUUCAUUAUGCACGAGCAAGAAUUCUCUGUACAGACUCCUUACUUCUCUUGGAGAUAACCAUGACCAACUUGUUUUAACUUACAUGGCUAAUAUUUUACAGAACAACAUGCCUAUUAAAAAUUCAUACCAUAUUGAAUCUGCUGAACAGUUUGAUGAUUUUGAUGCAAUGAAUGCCAAUUGUCAUAGCACUUGGGAUAAUGAAAGCGAUGGCGAAGAGAUGAAUGAUACUAAUGACUUUGACAACAUCUUCACAUCUAGUCAAACAUGUGAAGUUUUACAUGUAGAUGAUGGCAAUACGCAGAUCUGCUUUGAUAAUGAAUCCAUUGAUGAUACUCUAGCACCACCUUCCUUUAGUAACAUUUCAUCUGAGUCAGUUGUCCCUGAUAAUAUUGAAUCUAGCUCAGUAGGACAAGGCCAGUGGUAUGGGUUCAAAAUAGUGGGAGACAACUUAGAUAAGAAUAUUUCACGUCGCCACCAAAGAAUUGACCGUAAAACAAGGUCAUUCCAUUUCUUUAACAGUUUUGCUGUAAAGGAUAGGAUUGAUUUAUCAUCUUGCUCUCAGUGCCCUAACCCUUUUUACUCAAAACCUAUUUUGCAGUUGCCUAUUGAUACCCUGUUGCCAUCGGUGCCUGAUGAUGAGGCUCUUAUAGCUAAUUUCUCCACCAUUGUAAGUCGUGUUCUGGUUGCUGAAUUCUCUUUCUUUUCUGACACUUUCGAAGAUGUUGUUGUAAAUCACAUACAGCAUGAUUACUAUACAGAAAUGUCACAGAAGUCUGAAACUACUCCUCUUGGAGUUAUUUUUAAGAAUGAAAAUGUAGUUGAAGAUAUGAUAGAUAUUAUGCUGAAGCUUCAGUCUUAUGCUCCUACUGAACACAGUACUGUUGUUGACGGAGUUAGCGGGUCUACAAUAUCGUUUGAUGUCACGCAUGAAAUUCUUUUGGGCGGUGAUCAAUUAACUAGAAAAAGGGCUGAGUCUGCAAAAUUUGCUAGAAGGAACAGUCCUAUAGCUGCAGAGCGUUUGGAUGGUCUAAUACCAGUAUGUGAGGACUGGCAUGCUAAGAAGAUUUUUCUGGAGAUGAUAUGGGCAUGGAUGUACAAAGGGAAAAGUUUUUUGGAAAAAGGAACACUGUGUCACCUACGGAAUGUUAUAGACCGGCGUAACAUUUCUGCUAAGGCGGCAGAUGACUUCAAUGCCUGUGAAGACUUUUUUGUUACAGUUGUGAAGUGUCAUAUAGUUGUUGCUGCCAUGCAGUUCUUUCAGAUGGAAGCAGCAUCUGAUUCUCCUGUUCAUGAUCUUCUGGUUGCUGAUUUGUGGACUAAGCCUAAACAGGAAAGGAAGGAAGUGCUGGAUAAAGUGACAAGAAGCAUUUGUUUGAACUAUGUUGAUGUUCUAGCUCAUUACAGUUUAGAUGAAGAUGUGGAAAAGGAUGGCGUCAUGUCAUACGCAGUGGCUGUAUUGUCACAGGGUCUUCUUUAUAUGGAGUUUAGUGAUGCCAUCAGGGAGGGAGAUGGAAGCAGAAUAUUGAGAUGCUGGCGUUACUUCAUGAUAAUUUUUAAACACCGUCAGAGAAAGAACUACUGCCAAGAGGCUUUGAAUAUAUUGGGGCAAUACCAUUUUUUUCUUACAGCAAGGCAGUCACAACAAUUAGUAUGGUCAAGAUGCAUUAAUGUACAUGGAAUUCCCGGUAGGAAUAUUCCGUGUGAUCUGUUCUUGGAACAUUUAAACAGAAUUUGCAAACAGUCUGUAGAAAUGUUGGGAAGUAAUUUCUCUGAAGAAGCACUAGAACGGGUAGGCCGUUGCGUUGGCAUCAUUAACUCUUUACUGGAGAAUUUUGACAAAGAUUUAUCUGUUCCUGAUAUUUCAGGCUCUCACUCCAUUGCUUCCUCAGAGAAAGACAAGUCUGCAAUUAUAAAGGAACUCCUUGAAGCAGAUAUAUUUAAUCAUCAGGAUAAUAGAAAACAUGCUACAUUUCAAUCGAUAAAGACUAAUCCUGUUUCAUCACUUAGGUACAAUGAAAAGUUUCACAAAUGGAUACAGGCACAAUUAUUUUCAUUAAAAAUAAAGUUCAUUUAAGUUGUUUGUUUAAUUGAGUUAAUUCAUUACUCUUUUAAAUUGAAA